CUGAUUGUUUUGGAAAUAAAAGAGACUUCAUUGACUGCGCGGAUGUUUUUGUGCAAAGCCAUUCAGUCGUUUGCAGACCGGAAUGUAACAGAUGCAGGACGAAAGGACCCGGCUGGACAUUUUGUAGUGGCAUGUGAGGAAUCUCUGCAAGCGAGGCGCCUGAGGUAAAGCCCGAACGUUUCCGAAUUCGACCGACGAUUCCCGAACCGUCUGUACUACCGGACUGCUCGAGGCGGCCGCUUAACGCCAUGUUGAGAUAACUCUCCGAUGUGAAUGAGGUAUUACUUUCAAUAUGAAGCGAAGGAGUGAAUAAAAGCAUCCGGGAGAGAUUUGAAGAACAGGAUUUUAUUAGCGGGGUCAGUGAAGAUCCAGGGCGGAGGAGAGUUGGGUGCAGAAACCCCCCCACCCCCCAACGCUCCCGUCCCCAUGAACAGCAGCACGUACAACCCCAAGAAAAAAGCGACUGCGCCGAAAAUGGCUUUUUUUCGCACCAAUACUGAGAUACUCCUAUUCUAUGGCGUGAAGUUUCCUACGGCCUGCUAAAGAGAAGAUACGCGCCUAUGUGCGGUAGAUAGCUGCACUGUGUGUCUGUAUUAUAGCCGCGUAUUUUUUUUUCUUUUGAAUUGUUUUUUUUGUUUUUAGUUCAGCACCGCCAUGAGUUCAGGACCGAAUGCAGCCACCGUAACAGGACCGAGCCAGCUGCGGGUUCCUCCGGUGUCGGUACCACCGGGAGUCACGGCCGCUCCUCAGCCUCCCACCGUGCCGGUACCGCCACCUCAAAUUCCAAGAGCAGCACUGUCGCUGGAAGAUCGGAUAUUUCCAGCCCAACCCGGAGUGACAGCAGUGUAUAGCGUCCCGAGGCACCCUGGCCCUCCCUACCAAGGGCAUGAUCUGGGCAAAGGCCACCCCACCUCAACUGCUCUGUCUCAGGUAUCAGCCCCUCCUGCUCCUCCCUACCGUUACCGUUGGGAACCAGGCGGAGCGCCUUCCUUCAGCCCCACACAGAAUCCUGGCUCUGCCCCCCUCAUAUAUUCUCCACAGACACAGCCAGUGAAUGUACAGCCUCCCAGUCGGCCAUUUGUGACGGGGCCUCGUCCCACCCACCAUCAGUUCCUGCACAGGGCUCAGAUGCAGACACCUCGACCUGCUCUUCCCACUAACACUCCCUCACUCCGACCUGGCUCUCAGACUCCCACGGCUGCUGCUGUCUAUCCCCCUAACCAAACUAUCAUGAUGACCAUGACACCAAUGCCCUUUCCUUCAGCACAAACGGCUCAGUACUACAUCCCUCAGUAUCGACACAGUUCACCCUACGUUGGACCUCCACAACAGUUCUCUGUCCCUCCCCCUGCUUCUGGAACCUUUUACCCCGGCCCUGGCCCAGGAGAAUACCCGGCACCCUACGCAACAGCUGCUCCGGGUCCGGCGUAUUUUCCAGGCCAGACGGUGUAUCCUUCCUCAGCCCCAAUUAUUGUGCCUACAGCGCCACAGCAGCCUCCACCAGCCAAACGUGAGAAGAAGCCAAUCCGAAUCCGGGAUCCCAACCAAGGUGGGAAGGACAUAACAGAGGAAAUCAUGGCUGGUAGUGGGAAUACCACACCCCCCGUGGGCCGUCCUUCCUCCACCCCAACCCCUCCACAGCGAAGUGCCAGUCAGACGCCAGAGCAGUUAUACUACAACAUGGACCCACCCUACAGACUCAGUCCAGUGACCGAUAGCAAACCCACGUCAGAGGACAAGCCCAGAGCUGAUUUUGCUCCCCAUAAAUCUUCAUCUCCUGGACCUUCAGAAUCCUCUACAGAAAGAAGAGAAGCUUCAACUCUUCCUAUAUCAGACUCUUCAUCUCACACAAAACCUGGAAUGGCCUGCAAUUCAACAGUUUCCUGUGAACCAGAAGAGCUUUCUACAAUUUCCACUGCUGUAGCUCAAUCCCCCGUCCCUGUAGAAGAAGAAACCCCUCUAGAAGCUACCCCCAGCCCUACAGCCUCGUCCCCUUCUCCAGGAAAAGCAGUUAAUGGUCUGUCUGAGUCACCGCCACCCUCCCCAAUCUGUGAGCAGGAGAUCCAGGUACAAGAAGUGCCCUUGACCAGUCCUCCAUCUUCACCUUUGGCUGAAAAUGAAGGACCAGUUUCAGGAGAAGUGAACCAGGCAGAGCCCCUUGCCCCUGUGACCCAAAUUUCAAUCAGCCCAACCACCUUAAUACCAUCCAAUGCCAUGUCUCCUCUAGUGCCACCCCCUGGCCUGCCCGUAUUAAUUCAGCCUCCGAGCAGUGACAUGCACGAACAAGGCAAGGCCUGUGGUCCUAAUGAUGUCCAAUUUAAAGCUGAAACAACAGCACAGAGCUCUGAUGGUGUAGCAGAAACGCACAGUCAGGCUAAUUCCAGAAAGGUACCACCAACAGCACAAGCUGCUUCUGUUGCACCAAAGGACUGGAAAAAAUCAAAUGAAGAGAAUUUAGCUGGGGAUCUUCUACACAAGGAAAACAAGGAGGAGUCCACUCCGGAUGGCUCGGCUGGAGAAGAGACCUGUAGACCAGCCUCAGAGAUGAGAAAUGGCUUCUCUCCAGCUCCAGCUUGCUUUCCAGAGGAGAACGGAGAGACAGAAACAGAACCACUGAAAAACGGAGACGUGCACAUGUUAGAAACUGAGCACACGGAUAACACGGUCACUCCUGAAGAGGGGAAGACGUCUACGGGGCCUUCACUAGACAUACAGGAAGUGCUCAUGCAGCCCAAUGGGAAAAGGCAGUAUGACCGGGACUACCUGUUGGGCUUCCAGUUCAUGCCAGCAUGUGUGCUGAAGCCAGAAGGUUUACCUCAAAUCACAGAUGUAGUUCUGGAUAAGAUCAACCAAACCAAGUUGCCAUUAAGGCCAGUGGACACGCGGGUGCUCUCGAGAGGGCCGGACUUCACCCCAGCGUUUGCUGACUUUAGCAGGCAGUUACUAGGAGGACGGGGAGCACCACUCCUCAGCUUGCCUGCCUGGAGGCCCCCGCCUCGCAAGAUUAUCAUGAACGUUUCUGUGAAUGAUGAGGUGCAGCUGCAGAAGGCUGAGAAUGCUUGGAAGCCUGGCUUGAAGAGAGAAACGGUCGCCGAGGAUCUGGAUACUCAGAAAACACAGGAUCUUUUCCGGAAGGUGCGCAGCAUCCUGAAUAAACUGACGCCCCAGAUGUUCUCACAGCUGAUGAAGCAGGUGACAGACCUCACCAUAAACACGGAGGAGAGGCUCAAAGGAGUCAUCGACCUGGUGUUCGAGAAGGCCAUCGAUGAGCCCAGUUUUUCUGUAGCCUAUGCCAACAUGUGCCACUGCCUGGCUACGCUGAAGGUGCCAAUGGCAGAUAAACCUGGCACUACUGUUAACUUCCGGAAGUUGCUGCUGAACCGCUGUCAAAAAGAAUUUGAAAGGGACAAAAUGGACGAUGCCGUGUUUGAGAGGAAGCAGAAGGAGUUAGACUCUGCAACAUCAACCAGUGAGAAGGAGCGCCUGCAGGAGGAGCUGGAGGAGGCGAAGGACAAAGCCAGACGGCGCUCCACUGGCAACAUAAAGUUCAUCGGUGAGCUGUUCAAGCUGCGCAUGCUAACCGAAGCCAUCAUGCAUGACUGCGUGGUGAAGCUGCUGAAGAACCAUGAUGACGAGAGCCUCGAGUGCCUCUGCAGGCUUCUUACUACCAUCGGCAAAGACCUGGAUUUUGAGAAGGCCAAGGUAAUUCAGCCAGCACUUUGGAGACGUUUAACACCAGUGGAGAGUCUUCAGCCUCGCAUGGACCAGUAUUUCAACCAGAUGGAGAAAAUUGUCAAAGAGCGCAAGACAUCAUCCCGAAUCCGCUUCAUGCUGCAGGACGUGAUCGACCUGAGAUUGCAUAAUUGGGUGUCACGCAGGGCUGAUCAGGGCCCCAAAACCAUUGAGCAGAUUCAUAAGGAGGCCAGGAUCGAGGAACAGGAGGAGCAGAGGAAGGUCCACCAGCAGUUAUUGUCCAAGGAUAAAAGGAGGCCAGAACCGAGGGACCAGCGCGGACUGAGAGAAGAGACCUGGAGUACUGUACCAAUGACCAAGAACAGCAGGACUAUAGACCCUACAAAGAUCCCCAAGAUCUCCAAGUCACAGUUUGAUGAUAAGAUCCAGCUUGGGCCCAGGGCUCAGCUUAGCUGGGUAAAGGGCAGCAGUGGUGGAGCCAAAGCAAGCAAUUCUGAGUCACACUCAGGUAGCAGUAGUCUGAACCGUUACUCAGCUCUGCAGUCGUCCACAUUGCCCCCAGCCCAAACUCCGGACCCAGACUCCAGACGGCCUCUAGUAAGCCGAGGCAGCUGUGGUCGGGAGCGAAGUGAGAAACCCCAGAGUUCAGCUCCCUCCAGGCUCCUCAAUCGUAGUAGCAGCAAUAAGGAGCUCGUGGAGAGUGCAGCUGCUGAGGAGCCAUGCCGAGAUGCACAAGCCACACCCCGCAAAACAAGCGUCUCUGAGGACAGAAGCAACAUGGAGCACAGCCAGUCCCAGGAUCCUUUAAAAAAAGAAAGCUCUGUUAGUGCAGUUCCAGCAAAGCCGGUCCUGUCUGACGAGGAGAUGGAGAGGAAGUCUAAAUCAAUCAUCGAUGAGUUCCUGCACAUUAAUGACCUUAAGGAGGCAGUGCAGUGUGUGGAGGAGCUGCAGCAGGUAUCCCAGCUGGCUGUGUUUGUGAGGGUGGGGGUGGAGUCCACGUUGGAACGUAGUCACAUUGCCAGAGAGCACAUGGGGCAACUCUUCUACCAGCUGAUCCACAGAGGCAGCCUACAACGGGCCCAGCUAUAUGCAGGCUUGGCGGACACACUGGAAAUGGCUGAUGACAUGGCCAUUGAUAUUCCUCACAUUUGGCUGUAUCUGGCUGAGCUGCUCUGUCCUCUGCUCAAAGAUGGAGGCAUCCCCAUGAGAGAACUCUUUAGUGAAAUAAGUAAACCAUUAAUCCCAGUGGGAAAAGCUGGCAUGUUAAUAGUGGAAAUACUUCACCUACUAUGCAAACAAAUGGGCCAUAAGAAAGUGGGGGCUUUAUGGAGGGAGGCAGGGCUUAACUGGAGUGACUUCCUGUCAGAAGAGCAGGAACUCCAAAGCUUCAUCUCCAAGCAGAAGCUGCAGUUUACGCUGUCUGACUGUUCCUCUGCCGAUUCUGUUCCUCCUAUGCCCAGUCUCAGCCCAGAUGAGUUACACAGACAGCUUGAACGUCUCCUGCUAGAGGACCUGGACAGUGAUGAGCAGAUAUUUGACUGGGUCGAGGCCCAUGUGGAUGAAUCCCAGAUGAGCUCUUCCGCAUUCCUGAGAGCUUUAAUGACCGCAGUGUGUAAGGCAGCUGUUAGAGAUGAGAAUACGUCCUGCAGAGUGGAUACAGCCGUCAUACAGAAGCACCUCCCUGUGUUACAAAAAUACUUUAACUCGGACACUGAGCGUCAGUUACAAGCACUUUAUGCACUGCAGGCAUUAAUAGUGAGCUUGGAUCAACCACCAAAUCUACUAAGGAUGUUCUUUGACUGCCUCUACGAUGAGGACGUGAUUUCAGAGGAUGCUUUCUACAAGUGGGAAACGAGUAAAGACCCGGCUGAGCAGCAAGGAAAGAGCAUAGCGCUGAAAUCCGUCACCGCCUUCUUCACCUGGUUACGAGAGGCUGAGGAAGAGUCCGAGGGCAAUUGAUGUGAGGAGGCGGCGGCCACCUAUUGAGGCGUGGAGGCACGCUGCCUGUACAAAUGGAAAACUGUACACUCUGAACUCAUACACACUACCUACACACACACACGCUCUCACUCGUGGCCAGACACAUGGUGUAGCGCCUGAGUUUCUCGUGGAAUGGAUUCUGAAAUGCUCCGCUCUGGAAGCAAAGGGGCGCUAAAACCCCUGUAUCAUAUAUAUAUAAAUAUAAAUAGAAAAUAUUUUUUGGUUUAAAUUUUGACAGUUUUUUGUUCAUUUUGUUAUUUUUAAAGAAGAAACUUAAAAGAAACAGGUUCUGAAAUUCUUAAUUUAUUAUUUUUUUAAACAUUCACAAAUACAAAGUCUAUUUAACAUUUGCAGAUCUUCACAGUAAGAGAAAUGUUGAUAGAAAUAACAGAAAUACCUAAAUAUUAAUGGCUAUUAAGAAAUAUGUACUCACCCUUCCUGAAUUUCACGUAAAACAAGCCCAAAGGGAAGGACAGUUUUGGUAUAAAGGGGAGAAUGCAGGAAAGAAAUGGACUGUGUUCUCGGGUCAUGUUCUUGAGUAAUCCCGGCAAUCGCAUCUGUUGGUUUCUUUUUAUUCAGUGCGGAGAGUGGGUCAAUUCUCACCACGAAAAAGAUGAUGCAAGAAUGCAUAGGUCUGAUAAAUAGGAGAACUUCCUGAAGAUUGUGAACACUAGAUGAUUUGAAGUAUGCAAAUACUACUAAUGCAAGUUUAAACCGUUUCAUGGCGGCCCUGCCUGCUUGUGAUAAAGGCCUAUUGGAGAACAUGUAAAACUUGUAAAUACAUUAAACACUAUCAAA